CCGCCUCCGGCUGUCGUCUGCUAGGCUAGAGAUAAUUUGCUUCUUCAUCACUAUUUUUAAAGGAGGCAGCCACAGUUCAAGGGUACGGACUUUAACCGGCAAAGACUAUGACCGUCUCCUGAAGUGACUUCUGUUCGUUAUCGAACCUGAUGAAACGUUAAAAGCUGUCUUUAGACUUGUGACAUCAGUUAGUUGAUGAAUUGAGGUUGGACUGCAUUGUGAAACCUCACUAGAGUUCAAUAGGAAGUGCUGUCAUCGCUCUAGAAAAAGUUUAUACUGCUAACCCAAUGGAAUCUGAACAGAUUUCAACUUCUGCAAUGACAGAAUUAACAAUUCAAGUACCCUGGGGGCACAUUUCAGGAAAAAUUUGGGGAUCUUUGGAUGCCUUGCCCAUUUUGUGUGUUCACGGUAUUCAAGAUAAUGCAAGCACAUUCGACAAUCUCAUCCCAAUGUUGCCAUCAUCUUUCUGUUACGUCUCAAUUGACCUCCCCGGACAUGGUCGUUCUUCACACUUUCCCUCUGGAUUCAUGUUUUCGCUCGUUGAAUAUUGCAUGUCUCUGAAUCGUGUUGUUGAUCAUUUUAAUUGGAAGAAUUUCAUGUACAUGGGACAUAGCUUUGGUGGUCAGCUAGGUUUCCUUUAUGCUGCGUUUUACCCUCAUAGAGUGACCAAAUUAGUUGUGUUAGAUUCAGUGAUGCCAUUCCGAAAUGCGGAUCUUGAUAUUAGUGAGCACAUUGUUCCUUGGUGGGAGAAGUUGUACAAGAUCGAGGCAAAAAUGAUGUCUCAAUCUCCACCAUCAUAUACUGAAGAGGAGGCAUUACGUCGUCUCACAGACGGACGCCCAAUACCACUUACACGAGAAGCAGCACAAGUAUUAUUGUCUAGAGGGGUAGUUAGGAAUGGAGAUGGAUUUUCGUUUUCUGCUGACCAACGCCUGAAGCUCAAAGUUCCUAUGCAUUUUUCAAAAGAAGAAGUUUUGAUGCUUUGCAGUAAGAUUCAAUGCCCAUUGCUUCUCUUGCGAGCCUCAGUGACUGAGAAGGCUGGGGCUAAAUAUAUUUUUGGUGAUUUUGAAAAGCUGUUUGAAAUAUCACUUGGUGACAAGUACACUUACAAGGUGGUUCGUGGAACCCAUGAUGUGCAUUUGCUCCAUCCAGAAAGGCUUGCUGAGGAUGUAUGCAAUUUCUUUGUUAAAACAAAAUCCUCAUUAUAAUCAAGCCUACAUGUAAAAAUUUAUUUUCUUUUUGAAACAGUACCUGAUUUUUAAAAACAUUUCUAAUGGAGGGUGAGAAUGCACAUUUUUUAAAAGUUUGAAUGAAAGUAUCAUGUUGAUCCUUUUCUAAUUGUUCACUGUUCAACAUAUGCACUUCUAUCCUUCAACCUGUCUUCUUCUUUUAGUAUAUAACAUAUAUUUAAUUUCAUAACUCUGUACUGAAAUCUAUGUUAUCAGUAUUUUUUUUAACCUCAUGUAUUUUUGUAUUGUUGCAUUUGGGGACCAAAUGUUUUGGGCUGUGGUUUUUCAAUAAUACUCUCUGAGGGAAAAAGGAACAUGACAUUGACAGCAAUGUGCUUUUUGCAUUUCCAGUUUGGUUUGAAAGUGAAUCUACUGCUGUUAAUUUAUGAUGUACUUCGCUUUGAUCUGUGAUGGUAUUUUCCUCUACAAGUUAUUUAUCAAAUAAAUAAGGUAAAAUAAGCAUA